AUGGAUAGUUCUAAAGAAAUUCAAGAUCAAGAUUCGUGUAACUGGAGUAAUAGCAACUCUCUCAACCCAAUUGCUCAACAAAAGGAUGGUGCAUGUUGCUUUGCUUUUGCCAUAUGCGGCGUAAUCGAAUUCUUACAUUGCAUCGAAAAGAAUGUUCAAGAACGCAUAUUACUAUCUCCCCAAGAUAUUUAUGAUAAUUUAGUUAAAAGUGAAAAUGAAAAUGCAAAGGGAUUCACUAUUCCCCAUGUUAUUGAAUGGGUAAGGGUGAACGGGUGUGUCUUAGAAUCUUCAUGCCCUUAUGUGGGAAAGUUUAGGCCAGUGGAAAGAAAGCGCAAGGUCUAUUUAAGAAUCACUACAUCAUUUGCCAUUGAUCUUAGAAAUGAUCUUGCCUUCAAAAAAGCCAAACAUAAAAAGUACGAAAAACAGCUUCAAGCUGAGAUAAGAAUCGCACCUGUUGUUGCACAGAUGAUAUGGACUAGUCACAUGAGCUUAUGGAAAGGAGAUAAUGUAUAUUCUAUUCAAGAUGCCAAAACUUUUGAAAAUAAAGAAGUUGAUGAAAAGGAGAUAGAGUAUCAUGCUGUAAUGAUUGUCGGAUUUGGCCAAAGAAGGGAGAAGAAAAAAAUAACUAAAUACUGGAUCAUCAAAAACUCACAUGGAGUAGAAUGGGGGAACAAGGGUUAUUGUAAGAUAGAGCGAGAACCAAUUAACGGUGAGUUAUUAAUUGAAAUGGCAUGGAUUCUAAAGGGUGUUACUUAUAAAGAUCAGAAUGGGUCAAAGUAA